AUGAGUGAAAACAAAGCGGUGUCGGAAAAAGAGCUUUUGGAUGCGAUAAAAAAUCUUUUGAGAAAAGGCGGUCACCUGAAUAAAUUUCAAGCAGAGAUGAGAGCCAAAGUAACCGAAAUCCUUCAGAAUAGACAAGUAGCCCUCAACCCCAAUUAUAAAAACACGGGCGCGCCAAAACUAUCAGAUGAAGUGUUGCUUAUCAACGAAUUGAUUCGAGAAUAUCUUGAAUGGAAUGGGUACUUAUAUACCGCAUCUGUUAUGAGUUCAGAGGCCGGAAUGUCGCCCGUGAAGCGUCCUCGAAGAGAGUUAUGUGCGGAAGUAGGGGUCAAGGAUGAUGAGAAAUCGUCAACGUUACCCCUACUAUCAAAUAUCAUUGCAGCCUACACUGAGAGAAUCAAACGGAAAAUCAAUAGGAUGAAAAAAGUAACUCAAUAG